UGCCCCUCAACAGGGUCAAAGUCUGCACCAGCGAGGGAGUCGAGAUACAGUCAAGUUGACGCGAUUUCACUUCAACAGGAGUUUUAACAAGUUUUUAACAAGUUCAUAUAUUUGUUUCGGGGUGAUGGCUCCACUGUUGAAAUGCGGCUUUUUUAUUCUACUGGCGUCCUUACUAACGCUUGUUCCUGUGAGGGCCGAAGGAAAUGGCCCCCAAUUACACAGACAGAAGAGAGAAUGGAUCGUGGCUCCCAGGCAACUGCAAGAGAACAACGAUUACACCGGCUUGGAGUAUAUUGCUAGAAUUCGCUCUGAUAAGGAGAACUUCACAAAGAUAUAUUACUAUCUAAGUGGGCCUGGUGUUGACCAACCCCCGAUAGGCAGAUUUCGUGUGAACCGUGACACUGGUUAUGUGAAAAUCUACUCCAUUCUGGACAGAGAGGAAAUCGCCUUCUAUCAUUUAAUAGGUAUGGCAAAAUACGCCGAUGGGACGGAAGCUGAAAAGAAUUUGGACCUUAGAAUUACUGUUUUAGAUGACAAUGACUGCCCACCGGUCAUUAAAGCACAGCAAGUUGGAUAUGUCAAUGAAUCAAGUGCAACAGGUACUGUUGUCAUGAAAGUGAUAGCUACUGAUGCUGAUGCAGAGAACACGUCCUACUCCCAGAUCUCUUACAGCAUUGUGGAGCAGAGCAACUUAGCUGGGAUGUUCUUAAUCAACUCUCGCACUGGAGAGGUCAUUGUUAAACAGAACACUCUAGACAGGGAGAAACAAGAUACAUAUAAGUUGAUUAUAAAAGGCGUAGACUUGAAUGGGGACUCGAGAGGAAACACAGGAACCGGAGAAAUUGUAAUUAAAAUUCUGGACAUAAAUGACAAUAUUCCAACCCUGGAAAAAGAGUCGUAUGAAGGGAGUGUGGAAGAAAACACCAUCAAUGUGGAAGUGAUGAGGAUCAAAGCCAUUGACAUGGACCUGAUUCACACUGACAACUGGCUGGCUGUCUUUGAAAUCAUUUCAGGGAAUGAGGCAGGCUAUUUCACUGUCACUACUGAUUCUAAGACCAAUGAGGGAAUUAUCAUGAUUCAGAAGGCCUUGGACUAUGAGGAAUUAAAGGUACUCAACUUAGAAGUGGUUGUUCGCAACAAAGCGCAGUACAAUUUUGGGUCCACGACAGGGGUCAUAACCACCAAAGCCUACCCCGUUAAAAUUAAUGUGGUCAAUCAGAAGGAAGGCCCCCGUUUUCAUCCAAGUGUCAAAGUAGUGUCUGUCUCUGAGAGCCACACUUCCGUCUUUCUCAACAAAAUCAUCACCACUUACGCUGCUAUUGACAGUGACACACUACAGACAGCCACCAACGUAAGGUAUGCCAAAAUCUACGAUAUUGACCACUGGUUGAUUGUUGAUGAAAAGACAGCAGAUAUCAAGCUGAAUAAACUACCUGACAGAGAGUCCAAGUACUUGGUCAACGGAACAUAUUAUGCCAAAAUCAUAUGCAUCACCAGUGAUAUUCCGGCAAAAACUGCCACAGGGACUAUAGCCAUUCAGGUCGAGGACUAUAAUGAUGACUGUCCUAAGCUGACUACUACAACUCAGACCAAGUGCAUUGAGGAUACUGUCAUCUACGUCACAGCCGAAGACAAAGAUGAUUUCCCCAAUUCAAAACCAUUUGAGUUCACUGUGAUUCCAGGGAGCAGCAAGGGGAAAUGGACAGUGGAGCCACUUAAUGAAACCACAACCAUUCUAAGGGACAACGACAACUUGUGGCCAGGCAUUUACAAAGUGACAAUGGAAGUCAAAGACCAGCAGGGAUAUGCAUGUGCUAGUUUUCAGACGAUGCAAGUAAUUGUGUGUACUUGCCAUAAAGAGACUAAAACCUGUGUGGCGCGCAGUACAAAGACUUCUGGUUUUGGAGCUUCAGGUAUACUGCUUCUGCUCCUGGGACUGCUGCUUCUUCUGUUGGUGCCCCUCCUGCUGCUGUUCUGCCUGUGUGGAGGUGCAGCAGCUACUGGAGAUUUCAAGCACAUUCCAAACGAUACAAAACAACAGCUGAUCUCAUAUCACACUGAGGGACAGGGAGAAGAUAAGGAAGUUCCUCUUCUGCAUGUCCCAGUGGAAGUUGAUGGUGGCACAAUUAAUGUCAAGAAUGUCAACGCCUUUGGGGGAAAGGGGUAUGUCGGAAGACUGGCUGAAGUAGGAGGAGCAGCAGGUGGCGGAGCAGCAGGUGGUGGAGCAGCCUUAGGUGGAAUGAAUACUUCAACCUUGACAGCCGAGAACAUGCACCUAUACAAUCAGUAUAACAAGUAUAACCAAUCCAUUGGGAAAGUGGAGAUGGACUACGCUGGUGCUGGGAUGAUGACAGGAGAAGAAAUGUUUUUCUCCCGAUACAUGGCUGGGGCCUUUGAUGGGAUGGCUCUACCGGACCAGUACCUGGGGGAGUAUUAUUCAAGUAAAUCCAACCAUGCGUCACAGCAAUCCCAGCAGAAGGAUGCGUUGCUGGUCUAUGACUAUGAGGGUCAGGAGUCCCUGGCAGGUUCUGUUGGUUGCUGCAGCCUUCUUGAGAACGAUGAUGACCUUGCAUUUCUCAAUGACCUUGGGCCUAAAUUCAAAACCCUGGCUGAGAUUUGUCAUGGGUCGACUUUGGUGACCGAGUCUGUGGAUGCAGGGGUUUCUGUCUCUGCACCCAGACCAGUGUCUCCUUUCAGGCCCUCCACCUCCACCCACACACACGUCCAUACUAACAGAGAAACAAUCAGGAAUAGAGACCACGUCGACAUCAACACCCUCAACACCUCCAAUGUAGCAUCUGGAUCUUCCACCUUUAUUCAGGAGGAACGCAUUACUGAGAGAGCACACAAUUCAGCCGCUGUUCCCAAGGUACAUGUCCAGGACAAGAUAGUGAUUCCCAGCCAGACACUGCUCAUACAGCAGCCCACUAUGUAUUAUGCUGCCACGCCCAUGUAUGUAGUAGAUCCCAAGCCACAAGUUGUGUUUGUGGCAGGGGGCGCCCAGCAGGCAGCGGGUCAAGUAGGCCAAGUGGGGCUCAGUCAGGGGCUGGUGCAGGUUGGUGGCCUCCAAGGUUCUCAGGGUUUGGUCGUUGUAGAUAGGCAAGUAGGAAUGGGUGGGGUGACAGGACAGGUAGCACAAGGCCUUUCACAAGGAACCAUCUCCAGGUCCAGACAGGUGUUGUUGGUAGAAAAUGGGUCUUCGGGGGGAGAGCAAGUUGCACACAUUGAACAGGGCUUUGUUCAGACUGGACACGGGUCAACAGAGCAGGGUUUGGAGGUCAGAGGCCAUGGUACUCAGGUAAAAACUCUUUCACUGGGUUCGCGCAGUACUCUAGGGUCAAAUGAGGCCCUGACAACCACACCCAAGAUGCAAGGAAGCCAGAGAGUGGUUAUGCAACAUAAGAAGGUCUCAGUGACUGAGAGAAAUACUGAAUCUAGUACAAGAGCGUAAAGUAAGCCUUUUGUUUUGCAUAUACACUAUUGUCACACUUGUUAAGAUAUAUACCGAAAUAUAUUUCAGUAUACUAAAAUAUACUGCAAUAAAAAAAACUAAAAACUACUAAAAACUAGCAAAAGGAUAGUUUAGCCUGCUUGAUCAAAAGUGCAAUAUUGCACUGUAGUGAUAACAUUGCUGCUUAUAGUAGUUAAAACACGGUAUUGACCACAUAAACAUCAAUCCAAAAAAGGCAUUGGAUUCCCAUACGGACACUGUUUUGAAAAAUAGGCUAAGCUACCUGCUAAAAUGAGGCUCUGUCAACAUUAGUUGAAAGCGUAUAGCUCACAGUAUUAGUGUAAAGCAAACUUAAUCUUAAAAAUGCUUGCAAGGAAGUGUACAAAUGGCUUCAAUUGCACCAAAACAUUUAAAUACAUUGCUGAUUUGCUUUUAUUAAUUAAAUGUUCGUAAAUGGAUGUCCAUCAAGAAUGGAGUUGCCCUUCUGACAAUUUUCUCCCUUUAGGAACCCCCCCUUUAACAAAGGUUAGAGACCCCUGUGUUACGCUGUGUCAUAAUACCUGAGCUGAGGGAAAGCCUUGGCAAAAAUAAUAAAGUGUGACUUCCCUUUUCCUCUGGUUCUAAGAAUGCCCAGUUAGGCGCCAACUGACCUAAAAGCACUAUAUUUAUUUCAGGCACGUAGGCACAAGUAGGCUUAGGUUCAGGGCGGGAGCAGCCAAAGUAAACAUAACAGAACUAAACCAGUCAAACCCUCAGUGUGUACGUACCUAUCAAGCUAAAAUUACAAACUUCUGACCUUAUCUCCAGAACAAAGAGACACUGUAAAAAGCAGAGUACAAACAAAAAGGUUACGCCCUAUACCAGUUAGCCUCAAGACAGUGCCGGCUAGAGUAUUUGCAAUAUGAUGAAGAAGGUCUAUAUCAGAUCAGCGAGUUCCCUUCCUAUUCCAGUUCCCAGCCUACCAGGCUAGAGAAGGAAGCCCACAACUGUUUUCAGCUCGCCUUACAUUAGUGGAGGCUGCAACUUGGAACCAAUCACAAGCAUGGACCUCGCCUACACAAUCAAACUUUCCAUCCGACUGCAGCUCAGGUAAAUCCAGACCCGAAUAAGAACAGGAGGAGAGAGAAACAUAGAACAUGUAAUUCAUCAGUGCAAGGCGAAAAAAAAGAUUAUAGGUUGUAACACAGCAACAGUUAGUGGGGACAUUUAGUCAAAUGGAAAAAGUCUCACAGUUAUCACACUGGAUAUGUAAAAUGGAAAAUGAAUUUUAAAAACCAAAUAUGUCAGCAUUUAGCAAAAAGUCAUUUCAUGGGUACGGCACAAUACUCUUAUUAAACUUAUACUCUUAUUAAACCCCUACAGUUAUGAUCAAUGUGUGCUUAAAAUCUUACUUGCUCUUCUCCAUUAGAACAACACAAAGCAGUCAUAUGUAAUAUUACGUUUACAGAAUUUCCAAAUCUUCUGUCACUUGCCAAGAAUCCUGUAAAAUGACUCUAAUUAUACCGUAAGCCAUUAGUUUUAAGAAACACAAAAUGAUUCAGAGUGACAGAAUGUUUCUAUAGCUACUAUAAUGUUGCAUUUAUCCAUACAGGCUUUGAACUCUACAGUCAGUGCUCUGAGUACUGUAUUUUUAGUAUGGUGUUUCUUUAGAUGCCUUGGUUGCAUUUAGUUUAGCCUUGCCAUGAGCUGUUUUGUUGACCUUUGUUGAGCUUUUUUUUUACUUAGUUAUACUGUAACUAAUCGGGAAUUGUUAUAUGGGUGGCCACUGCUUCCUUGGAAACUGCGUGGAACAUAGAUAAGUUAAUGCUGUUUGUACUGUAAAAACAAGAAAAGCACUCUCUGCAGAACAGCCAAAGCCAAAGGGUUUGAAUGAUUUAGUCUGCCAAGAAAGAAUUACUUUUUAUCAGUCGACCACAUAGUCAUUACAGACCAUAAACCGAAGAAGAGACAAAGACAAAUUCUUUACUUUAUUGUUGCACUCUUUUUAUUAUUUCUACAGAAUAUAAAGUGUUAACUCCGAGAGAUCUAAGUGCCAAAGCUGUAAAAAUUGUGUGCAAUAGCAUGAUGGCAUAUUUUCACAAAUUUAUAUUGUGACCAGAUAGACUUUUAAUAUGCUUCUGUGUGUUUGUGUGUGGGUGUAGAGAUAACAUAAUUUGGGUAUGUGGACUGGCAGAGUAAUAAAGGAUUAGCUUGCCAAGCACUGAAAACAUUUGAUAAAAUGAAACUGUUUGAUACUGCUGUUCUUGCUAUUGAUAUAUUUUUUUUUUCAUGUCUAGUUUCUAAUAUGUUGUACUGCUUGUUGCUGUUUGCUAUGCUGUAUAAACAGUACAAUACUAAUGUUGCAGUAGUGGACAUGAUAAUGAGGAAAGAUUUUUCAUUCAAUAAUUGUUUUCAGUUUUUCACCUUCUGUCAUAAUAAAAUCAGUAA